UGGGCUAGAGCAUUGCCAUUUCUUCCUUUGGGAGCUGUGAUUGAAAAUAAAAAAUUUUCCACUUUAUCACGCGUAGUCAAACAUAGUGGGCAAGAAACUCAUAAUUGAUUAAUGGGCUGCAAUACAGUUUAAAAAAGAAUGAAUUUCAUUGACUUGAGAUGAGAAGCCAUUGAAUUAGGAGGGUGAAUUGGCUAUCACGGUGAAGGAUGGGUAGAGGGAUAAUAUGCUUAAUCAGGUUCUGGGGCUUGAUGUACUUCACUCUUGUGUAUGUGACAUCCCAAACAACGAGUUUUAAAGAUGAGAGCAAAACCUGUAAUCCGUCUCAUUGCGGCAUUAUCACAAACAUCUCAUAUCCAUUUCGUCUGCGAGACGACCCCCCCAACUGUGGCGAUCCGGCAUACGAGUUAGCCUGUGAAAACAACAUCACAGUGCUUGAUUUGCAUUCAGGAACAUACCAGGUUCUGGGAAUCAACUACAACAAUUACACAAUCCGAGUUAAAGAUCCUGGCAUUCGGGAGGGUGAUUGCUCCUCCCUCCCUCGCUAUUUCUUAUCCCGAUCUAAUUUCAGCGACACUUAUAAUGGUUCCUUCGAAUAUGAUAGGAAUAAUCCCUAUGCUGUCUUUCUAGAAGCAUCCGCAGGUUCAGAAGCUACAAUCGACAACAUCAUUUACCUAAAUUGUAGUGAUCCGGUGAGGGACGAUGCGGACUACGUGGAUACGGCUCCCUGCGUGGAUUGGGGAUCCAAAGGAGAUGGAGGAGGCCAUGUUUAUGCUGUAGUUGGAGACUUAGAGGCUGGGAGGUUGAAACCUGAGUGUCGUGUGAAAUCAGUGGCCACCAUUGUUUCAGAUUGGAGUUCAUUCCUGGACUGGAGAAGCUACUCAUAUGCUGAUAUUCACACAGUACUUUCCCAUGGUUUUGAGAUUUCAUGGUGGCCGCUAGCUUGUCUGGAUAUUCACUGCGGAACUUACGAGACUUGCGUCCUCGACGAUCGCACGCAAAAGGGCUAUUGCUCACAAGUUUCUGGGACUUCAUGUUUCGGUUUGGAAGGAGUAUCUAUUUCUCUCUUUUGUGGAAAGGCGGCAUAUCUGAGCACUCGUGUAAAAGUUGCAGAGUCAGUGCAUAAGGAGAUUGAGUUCGAGGCUGGUGAUAAAUAUGAUGGCGAUUUCAUUUCACUACAAGUUGCAUUCGCCUUGGGAAAAAUCACAGGAUAUGUUUUCACUGUCAUUAUUCUAAGAUUUCUGGUUGGUAUAUUAUUUCUGUUCAUCUUGUUGAUUUACACAUGGCGGAGAAGACACUUAUCAGGCUAUGGAAGCAUUGAGGAUUUCAUACGACUUCAUAACCUUCAUCCAUUAAGGUACUCCUACAAGGAUUUAAAGACUAUGACAAAAUGUUUCAAGACUAAGUUAGGUGAAGGAGGCUUUGGGACUGUGUACAAAGGCAAGUUAAGAAGUGGACCUGAUGUCGCAAUUAAAAUGUUGGGUGAUGAAUCCAAAGCUACUUGCCAAGACUUCAUCAAUGAGGUGGCAACUAUAGGAAGGAUACACCAUUUCAAUGUGGUACGUCUUGUGGGCUUUUGUGUGGAAGGAACUAAACAUGCUCUUAUUUAUGAAUUCAUGUCCAAUGGAUCUUUGGAUAAACAUAUUUUUGUUAAAGAAGGACAAUCCUCCUUGAAUUAUCAUAAGAUAUAUGAGAUAUCUUUAGGAGUGGCUCGUGGCAUUGCUUAUCUUCAUCAUGGUUGUGACAUGCAAAUCUUGCAUUUUGAUAUCAAGCCUCAUAAUAUUCUUCUUGAUGACAACUUGACCCCCAAAAUUUCAGACUUUGGACUAGCAAAGCUAUAUUCUAGUGAUAAUAGCAUUGCCACUUUAACUGCAGCAAGAGGGACAAUAGGGUACAUAGCUCCUGAACUAUUCUAUAAGAAUAUUGGAAAAGUGUCCUAUAAAUCUGAUGUUUACAGUUUUGGAAUGCUUUUAAUGGAAAUGACGAGCCGAAGAAGAAACUUAAAUCCGCAUGCAGAGCAUUCAAGCCAAUUAUAUUUUCCCUUAUGGAUCUAUGACCAAUUUGAUGAAGAGAAAGGUAUAGAAAUGGAGGAUUUGAUAGAAGAGGAAAAAGCUUUAGCAAAGAAAAUGUUCAUAGUAGCAUUAUGGUGCAUUCAGUUUAAUCCUGCUGAUCGUCCUUCAAUGAAAAAAGUAAUAGAGAUGUUAGAAGUAGACGAUGUUCAAAGUCUUGAGAUGCCUCCAAAACCUUCUAUAUAUCCUGAUGAUAAUGUCAGAGCCAACUGUGACCAAACAUCAUCUUUACCCACAAGUUCUGAUGGCAAUCUAGAAGAGGAUGCAAGUGACAAGACAUAA